CAUCUCAUCAACACAGAAUCAAACACAUUACUAAGAAACUAAAGUACUUGUCCUCUAAGAGGAGCAGAACAUGGCUCACAUGAUGAGCUUCCCCAGUCACACAUGUUUGUUGAUAAUCCUUUUUGGUUUUAUUGGCUUAACCUCUUUUCCAGUUGAAGCUGCCAUCAAGAAAUACCAAUUUGAUAUUCAAGUGAAGAAUGUGAGCAGACUAUGCCAUGCAAAACCAAUUGUAACAGUAAAUGGGAGGUUCCCGGGGCCAACCAUUUAUGUUAGAGAAGGAGAUAGAGUACAAAUCAAUGUCACCAACCAUGUCAAAUAUAAUUUGUCAAUUCACUGGCAUGGACUUAAACAAUAUCGUAAUGGAUGGGCUGAUGGACCAGCUUAUAUCACACAAUGCCCAAUUCAGACAGGUAGCAGCUACACUUAUGACUUCAAUGUCACAGGGCAAAGAGGGACAUUGUGGUGGCAUGCUCAUAUUCUUUGGUUGAGGGCCACUGUGUAUGGUGCAAUUGUCAUCAUGCCUAAACCAGGGACCCCAUUUCCUUUUCCACAGCCAGCAAGAGAAUUUGAAAUUCUGCUAGGAGAAUGGUGGCACAAGGACGUGGAAGAGGUAGAAAAGCAAGGGAACAAAAUGGGUUUGCCACCAAACAUGUCGGAUGCACAUACCAUCAAUGGCAAGCCAGGACCACUCUUUCCUUGCUCAGAGAAACAUACUUAUGCAAUGGAGGUAGAACAAGGGAAGACUUACCUGCUGAGAAUCAUCAAUGCUGCCCUCAAUGACGAGCUUUUCUUCGCCAUUGCGGGUCACAACAUGACAGUAGUGGAGGUUGAUGCAGUUUACACAAAACCAUUCAACACAGAAGCUAUUCUAAUUGCACCUGGCCAAACCACAAAUGUUCUUGUCAAAGCCAACAAAUUAGCAAGCAGAUACUUCAUGGCUACAAGGACCUUCAUGGAUGCUCCAAUCCCAGUUGACAACAAAACCGCCACAGCUAUAUUCCAAUACAAAGGCAUUCCAAACACUGUCCUCCCUUCUCUUCCAAGUCUCCCUCAUCUCCCUGCAGGAAAUGACACCGUUUUCGCUUUGAGUUACAACAAGAAAAUCAGAAGCUUGAACUCUGCUCAGUACCCUGCUAAUGUUCCCCUCAAAGUCGAUCGAAACCUCUUCCUCACCAUCGGUUUAGGGAAAAACUCUUGCCCUACUUGCAUCAAUGGAACCCGUUUGGUUGCUUCAUUGAACAAUGUGACUUUCGUGAUGCCGCAAACUGCACUUCUCCAAGCUCACUACUUCAAUAACAAGGGGGUUUUCAGAACUGAUUUCCCUGACCGUCCUUCAACUACUUUUAACUACACUGGUGCACCAUUGACUGCAAAUCUUGGUACUUCAAUAGGGACAAGAGUUAGCAAGGUGGCGUUUAAUUCUACGGUGGAGCUUGUUUUGCAGGACACUAACCUCCUCUCAGUUGAGUCACAUCCAUUCCAUCUUCAUGGCUAUAACUUCUUUGUUGUUGGAACUGGUGUUGGUAACUUCGAUCCUUCUAAGGAUCCUGCUAAAUACAACUUGGUGGAUCCUGUUGAGAGGAACACUGUUGGGGUUCCCACGGGUGGUUGGACAGCAAUUCGUUUCAGGGCUGAUAAUCCAGGUGUUUGGUUCUUUCAUUGUCAUUUGGAGCUGCACACUGGUUGGGGGUUGAAAACUGCUUUUGUGGUGGAAGAUGGACCGGGACAAGAUCAAUCUGUUCUGCCUCCACCGAAGGAUCUUCCAGCAUGCUAGCAAUGGAAGAUGUUGUUAAGAGCUUGGAUUGUAUGGAACAAUCAAUAUUCACAAUGCAAUUGCUACUUUUAUUAUGUGUUAAUUCUUCCUGCAAAAGUUGCAGUGAUUUUUUAAUUACGAGAUUCAGUGUGAUAAAACAAAUGUAAGCAAAUAUUUGAAGUUUGAUGUUUGAAUUUCACAUGUAUAAAAAGUACCUGUUCUUUUUUC